AACUGUUCUUAAUUCUUUCCCUUUGUUUUCUAGCCAUUAACUUCAUCCUUUCCCUUUGUUUUCUAGCCAUUAACUUCAUCCUUUCCCUUUGUUUUCUAGUUAUUAACUGUUGGUGCUGCCAUUACCCGAUUUGUUCUGUAACAGUUAUGUUUGAUCAUCCGCGGAUUCCUUACCAUACACCUCCUUCUAGUCCGCCGAGGUCCCCUCCACGCAGAGAGUCCGAUAUAUCUCCUCGCAUGGAUCCUCGAGGUCAUAAGGUCACCUCUUCUUCUGGUACGAAAGUUAUUCCUACUAAGAAGGGGGAUUUGGUGAGAGGUGGCUCGGGGUCUAGAUACGCAAUCAGCCGCGCUUCCUCACGCCCUCGUGAUGACUUCAGGAGCGCGCAGAUUCCUUCACGGGGUGAGAAUUUGGACGUCUCGCCCCUUCGUUCCAUGGCUCCUCCGAUGCCCCAGCAGAACCCUCUACCGCCUCCUCCUAUGGUCUUUCAAGGGUAAGCAUCCUAAAGGUGCUAUGCCUAGGGCUGAUCCACCUAAAAUUUUGCCUUCAAAAAGGAAGGUCCCCGAAGCGUCCGCUGCCUCGUCUGAUUCCGCAGAGGAGGAGGAGGCUGCGCUAGCCAUACGCAGUAUUCCGGUUAAUAGGAAGAAGGUCACGUUCCGGCAUAUUGAUCUUGAGGUUUUCAAGUAGAAACAUGAACUUCAUGCCUUCGAGGUUCGCUUUUAUGCCCCCGACGACGAUAUUACUUUUGAGCUCAUCUCCAAGUAUCGGUUUGAUGAGUUCCAUCUGCUGACUACGGUGGGGGCCUUCGAGGCGGGUCUCAUGUUUCCUUUGUACAAGUCGGGCGACUCCUUCUACUAUGACGUGCUGGAUGGUCGCGAAGGUUCUACUACGAACACGCACAACCGUUCCGUGUCACAGUUGUCCGGGAACUAUCUUCGCGCGCUGAAAGAAUGCUAUCUGCGGAGUAAGGGGGAGACGAUGAUGACUUGUUACGUUCCUAAUCCCGCAGAGAGGGCGUGGUAUACUUCUAAGAACUUUAAUAGCUCCUCUGGGGAUUAUGUCAACAGUAGGAACCGCAAGCCGUGGAGCGUUAGCCUGCGUAACAUUGCUGCACCUCGGGGUGAAAUUCGCCUCUUAAGCGAAGUGAGUGACGCCAAGUUGAAGUAUGUUCCUGGCACCGAGGGGUCUGCUAACUGGAAGCUUUUUCCUGCCCGUGAGAGGAUUAAGCGCGAUCACGAUUACGAGUGGCAUGCCACCGUUAUUGAAGUUGUUGGCCCUUGGGAUUAUGGCUGGAUUCCUGGUCCGCGCGGGUGGCGUCUUUCUGUGAGCAGCAAGCCUCGUGAGUCGCCUCCUGCGCGUUAUGGAGAUUAUUGCCCUUGGCGUCUGAAUUUCGCAGGCAUGAAUUUUCCUUAUGCCCUCGAUGUCGUUGAUGGAGACGAGGAGGAGGGUUCUGGCGCUAAUCUUCAUUCGAAGAGUACCGCUGCUUCUAAGGUGUCGAAGAAGAAAAAGAUUGGGCCCAAGCAAUCUUCCACUGUCCUGAUGGGCGAGGUUGACGUCCAUGACGAAGUUAAUAGUCCGGUGAACGAAGAGUUUGCCGAAGAUGAGGAGAUGUCUGAUAGUGAAGAACGCACCGAUACUUGUACCCCUCUUAUUGAAGGUGGGAUAUUUGAAGAACAAGUAGGAGUGAGUGGUUAUGGUGAGGCUGAGGGGGUCUUGCUGUAGGUGGUACUGGUGAGGGAAACAUUAUCGCUGAAGAGAAUGUUUCCAUGGUGGGCAUAAGUGAGGCUGAGGGGAGCCUUGCUGCAUGAGGUACUGGUGAGGGAAACGUUUUCGCUGAAGAGAAUGUUUCCACGGUGGGCAUGAGUGAGGCUGAGGGGAGCCUUGCUGCAGGAGGUGCUAGUGAGGGGGGGCAUGCCCCUGCAGAUGCUGAUAUUGGCGAUGUCAGGGUUGCCGCUGGUGGGAGUGAGGCUAUGAGUACUCAGGAGUUUUCCUUUGGUAGGAUAUACUCGGCCGGGGAGUUUUUUAAUGUAGAUGAUGUCCUCGGUCUUGAUGAAGAUUUAUCCUUGCUCUCCCCGCAUGACGACUGGGAUGUGCUUGGGGAUUUCGGGAAAGAGGGUGCUGCUGGUCAGCAGGCUGAAGACGCGGGUGGUCCCGCAGGGGUAAGUGACGUUGAGACUCUUGCUGAUGAUGGAACGACGUCCAAAGGGAAAUCUGUGGUCGAAUCUCCUUCCGACGAUUUUCCUCCCUCGCUGAUGCUCGAGGGUGAAGAUGCCAUUCUGGCUUGGUUCAAGAAGAAGAAUUUAAUGUUUGUUCUUAAUCCUGCCCCUGUGGUUGCUGGUGAGAAGGACUCUGAUGCUUAUACCCGUCAGAUGAUGCAGUUAUCUUCUGAAGACCGCGUUACAGAGAUGUGGCAGAAGAAUUUGAGGGCUUGGGGUGCUAGCCUCGUGGUUGACCCUCCAACUUCAAUUGCUGAUAUGAUGGUCGUGGCCGAUGGGUACCAAUAUGGUUUUCCUCAACAGCGCAUUUUAGAAAUGAUGAGGAGCGAACAUUGCAAUCAUGUUUUGUACCAAUUCUUCAAAGCGAAGUCUUUGAAAAUGGAGGCUAAGCUUCGUCACAGAGAGAGGGCGUUGUCUGCGGUCGAGGUAGAGAUAGAAGAAUAGUCUCAGAGAGAAAGAACGGCUUGGUAACGCGGAGGCCAGUCUUCUUUCUGAGCUUUCUACGGUCUGUGCUGAGUUGGAGCAAACUCGUGGCAAGGUUUCAGCUUUCACAGGUUUGUGCCUUUUUAUUCUUUUAUCCCUCGUGAUGCUCUUUUCCUACUUUGGUGUUAUGCCUGAGUCUCCCCACCCUCUCUCCAGUGGGUGGUGUUCCUGAGCUGGUAUGGCUUCAGUCCGAAAGGGAUCGUUAAAAAACUCGUAUUAGGGAAUUGGUGGAGAAAAUUAAGAGUGAAGCCAAAAAGUGGAACGCUCGUGCUGAGGAAUGGAGUGAAAGACGAACGCAGAUGGUUGAUAUGCAAAAUCAAUACAACCAUGACCGCCGUAUGUUUAAUGGUGCGCUGUUGUGGACGCGUAUAAUUUGCAGGAGUCCCGGGAACAUGCUUCGUCAUUAGAGGCUGGAAUACUUCUUCUGGAGGAAGAGUUGCGACAGGCGCGUUCCCUUUCUGGCCCGGGGGUUAGUGAUAGUAUGUUGCGCCUUACUAAAGAAAGAGAUGAUGCCCGAGCCGAAGCUGCGGCCCUUAGGAAAGCCCUGGCUGCGUCACGAGCUGAUAUGGCCCACCAGGUGGAGUCCGAAAGAAUUCUCGAGACGACCUUAUAUAGGCUUAACAAAGGGAUAACGAAGAUGAAUGAUGAAGUCAACCAUCUUCGUCACUUGGAUUCGAUGAAGCAGGUAGAAUUAGAUGAAAGUCAAUUUGCUCUCAACAACCUCCAAAUUGAUUAUAAGAAACUGUCCGAGGAAUAUGGUUUUCUUGAUGAAGCGUGGGACGCAGUUGUUAAUGAGUAUGAGGAAGCUUCGGCUCGUGUCGAAGGUAUAUCCUCCUUUUAUCGAGUGUGGCUGUGUUUUCUCCGUUCUGACCCUUUUGCAUUUUUUAUUUUCAGAGCUCGAGGGACAGCUUCGCGUUGCAAAUGAAAAACUUGAAGAGGCUCAAUCUGCCUUAGUGCAACAAGAAGGAAAUACCAACCAUUUUAAGAGUCUAGCUGCGUCUCGUGAGCAAGUCGUAGGUGCCGCUUCUAAAGAAACGAAUCAUUUGUCUUUGUUACUAUCUCAGGCCAACCAGCGGACUAAAGUUGUUAUGCAUAAGGCUCGAUGUCAGUUGGCUGAGGAGACGAACAAGGUUCUGGACAAAGUUGAGUUGAGUUUGAAGAGUGAACAUGGUCUUGUCAAGAAUUACUCUCGUUGUCCGGUACCAGCUCCCUUGGCUGGUUCCUCAGGGCCUUCUUCGGGCGGUAGUGUCCCUUCAUCUCUUCGGGAUAACCCCGCUGAUAAGGCCUCGCCUUCUAAGUAGAUUUUUCUUGUUCUCUUCUGAUUAUGUAAUUUUGGAUUGUAUUUUGAUAUUUUCUUGCUCUAU